AUGGCAGAAGAACAAUAACCAUUUUCAUUUACCCCAGAAGGUGGUAGUGCCACGAAUUCAACUAAGGAUUAUACAGGCAAAGGAACAGCCACUUACCCAAAUGGUGAUAUUUAUGAAGGUUAAUAUGUGAAUGGAGUUAGAGAAGGAAAAGGAAAAUAUACUUAUAAUCCUUCAGGGGAUAAAUACGAAGGAGAAUUUUAAGAGAAUUUAAAGCAUGGGAUUGGAAGAUUGAUUUAUAGUAAUAACAAAGGGGAAUAUUAUGGAUAGUGGGAACAAGGGCUAAGACAUGGAGAAGGAUUAUAUACAUACGCUAAUAAAGAUGUGUAUUCUGGACAAUGGUCAAGAGGAAAGAAGCAUGGGUAAGGUACCUAUGUUUUUAAUGACACUGCCAUGAGAUUCAGAGGUACUUGGAAUAAUAAUGAGAUUGUUGAUGGAGAAUGGAUUUAUCCAAAUGGAACAGUUUAUAGAGGACCAUUUUAACACAAUAAACCUAAUGGUGUUGGCAGAUUUGAAUUUCCUAAUAAAAACUAAGUUGAAGGUUUUUAUGCAUAAACCAUUGUUCCUAAUGCUAAUCCAGAAGACACUACCUUAAAUAUAUAAUUGGAAUGGGUAACGACAAAACAUAAUUGAAUUAUACAUAAUCAUUUAUUAUGUUGUUAU